AUGAUGGCAACUAACAAAGUGAGAGUUGGAUCGUCGUUUGAGAUUCCCUCAGCGGCAAAUCAACACGAAUCGAAUUCUUUUCAAAGAAAGAAGAGACGUUUACAUGCUGACCAGCGUGCACAACUUACAUACCAGAAAAUUAUAGCAGAACGGAAAGCUGAAAAGGAAAAACGUCUGCUGGAAAAAGAAAAGAGGCAAAAAGUUUUAGAAGAGUACACUUCAAUUAAACGGAGAAUGAACAAGGCAUUGUCAAAAAAGAACAGACGAGGACAACCAAACCUCAAUGCUCAAAUAGAAGUUUUAUUGGAGAAGAUUAAAAAACGAGAACAAUCCAGGAACAAAGUUGAUGGCUUCAUGACAGACGGAAAGACGCGAUCGCUGAAACCAAAUGAGUUCCACUAUCGAUGUAAUUAUCUUUACGGAGCAGCAAGUCUACUCUGCUCACAAUCAUCUGGCAACAUUGGACUGGAAACCCUUAGCAAACUUUACCUUCGUGAAAUGAAAGAACUGUGUUUGGUUGAGAUGAUACGACUGGAAAAGGAUUUUGGCCGUACGAUCUGCAAGCGCUGCAAGAAUAUUUUUAUUGCUCGCCUCGAUGGUACUCAGUCGAUCACCGUAAGACUCAAUAAAAAAAAGCAAAUGGUAAGGACAUGUCUCAGCUGUGGGGCUAAAAAGCGUUUCUUGAGAAACACCAAGUAUCUCUCUCGAAAUGAACAAGAUCAAUAUCAAAAAGAAACUGCAAAACAACAAAAGGAAGUGUCAGCUGAAGCAGUUCACCAUACAUUUCCUAGCAGCAAUUAA